AUGGGUACGGCCAUGCUGCACGGCAUUGUCAAGUCUGGGUUUGUUGACCCCAGCCAGGUUGUGGUCUCCGAUAUUCAUGGAGAUCGCGUCACCCAGAUUGCAAGGGAACUCGGCGUCGAGGCGACCUCCGACUCGGUCUACGCCGUACAACAAGCCGACAUGGUUCUUUUGGCCAUCAAGCCACAAUCCUGCCCCAGCGUUUUCCCGCAAAUUCAGGCCGCCGUGCAGCCCGAUGAUGUCGUCGUCUCCAUCAUGGCUGGUAUCAGCAUUGAUCAGAUUCAGAGUGAACUCCAAUGUCGUCGCGUUGUGCGUGCCAUGCCCAACACUCCAGCCUCCAUCAACCUCUCCAUGACCGUCUGGACCGCGGCGGCCGAUCUGACCAACUCGGAUCGUGACCUUGUGCGCUCGCUUCUCAGCACAUACAUGGACAUGGUGACGGCUUUGUCUGGUACCGGGCCGGCCUACUUUUACCUUAUCAUGGAAUCCAUGAUCGAUGCGGGUGUGCAUUUGGGCUUGCCACGUCAAAUGGCACGCGAGCUCGUCGUUGAGACCAUGUUUGGCACCGUUGCUCUCACACGUGCCACCGGUCAUCACCCUGCACUCUUGCGUGAGCGCAUUACUUCACCAGGUGGAACUUCAGCAGCGGCGCUGCACGCAUGUGAGCGUGGCAAGUUGCGUUCUGUCCUCAGCGAUUCCGUUUGGGCAGCCUACCGUCGCUCGCUCGAAAUGGGCCAGCGCAACUCAAACCUCGGCCCCGGUCGCUUCCAGCGCACGGGAUCAGCCUCACUCACCGACGACACCCUCAAGACGCUCCAUGACCUCGUCGAGGUGCAACAACAACUUGUUCAACUCACCAACAAUGAAGCGGAAAACGAGGAACAGGAAACGGCCGCCACAGAUGACAGUGCCCCCACCCAAGCUUGA